UACUCUACUCUCUGAAGGUUAGUGUGUGGGUAAGCUCUUAAUCUGAAGUCUUUUUCAUAAAUAAAAUUUGAAUUUUUGUAUUUCACUGGACUAUUCUAGCUAGUGCUGAGAGAGAGAGAGAGAGAUGAUCUUAUUUCUAUCAAGUCUUUCCUGUAUGUUAUUAGGAUAGUGAUUUAUAAUUUUGGCUUUGAAAUAUCCUCUAAUAUCCCCAGUUAUCUCAAAAGAUGUCAUAAAGUUUUCAAAAAAGUCCAAAAAGAAAAAUGUUGAUACAUCUCUAGAGGGUUGUUAAACUAAUCCCUCCCUUUUUCUCUUUCCAGAAUCACACUAUGCCAAACUACAAACUCACUUAUUUUAAUAUGAGGGGGAGAGCAGAAAUUAUUCGCUAUAUAUUUGCGUAUUUGGACAUAAAGUAUGAAGACCACAGAAUAGAACCAGCUGACUGGCCUGAGAUCAAAUCAACUCUUCCAUUUGGAAAAAUUCCUAUUUUAGAAGUCGAUGGACUUACCCUUCACCAGAGUCUAGCAAUAGCGAGAUACUUGACCAAAAAUACAGAUUUGGCUGGAAAAACAGAACUGGAACAGUGUCAAGUUGAUGCUAUUGUGGACACAUUGGAUGACUUCAUGUCACGUUUUCCAUGGGCAGAGAAACAACAAGAUGUAAAGGAUAAGAUGUUUAAUGAGCUGCUGACACAUGACGCACCUAUUCUUCUGCAAGAUUUGGACACAUAUUUAGGAGGGAAAGAGUGGUUUGUUGGUAACUCCGUAACUUGGGCAGAUUUCUACUGGGAUAUCUGCAGUACCACGCUUUUGGUCUUUAAACCUGACUUGCUGGACACCCAUCCUAGGCUAGUGACUUUACAAAACAAAGUCCAAGCCAUUCCUGCCAUCACUGACUGGAUACAACGGAGGCCCCAAACCAAGCUCUAGAUGAUGCACACUGCCUUCAAACUUCUUUGUUCUUCACAGCAUCACUCCCAUCAGAUAUGACAGCUAUACUAGCCUGCCAGAUAACUCACGUAUUCCCCCCCACCAGUUCCAUCAAGACUUUCACUUUUGCCAUAAACUACUUUAAAAGACCGAAACCAAAGAACAUUUAGUUUCCAGUGUCUUUUUUCAGAAGAGCUUCACUCAUUUACAGAUGAGGAAGAAUAGUUUACAAAGCAGGCAGGCCUCGCUUUGCACUGGUUCUGACAUGCGUGAAUUUCAGUUACCACAGGUUAGUUAACACCAGUUCCCCAAUGGCAUCGUUCAGAUUUCAAUUACCACAGUAUAUUAACUGUAACUGUGUAAAGUUCAAACUCUGCUGCCAGCUCUUCAGACCACCAAGCACUGUGUGAAUAUCAGUCGCCCAUCAUGCCCAGAGACUAAUCAUGGCACUUGUCAGUGAUUGGUCACUGUCUUAGUCAUCUAGUGCUGCUAUAACAGAAAUACCACAAGUGGAUGGCUUUAACAAAGAGAGGUUUAUUUCUUCACAGUAAAGUAGGCUAAAAGUCCAAAAGCAGAGCAUUAGCUCCAGGGGAAGGCUUUCUGUUGGCCUUCUCAUCAAUUUUCCCCCAGACUAGGAGCUUCUCCUCACAGGGACCCCAGGUCCAAAGAACAUACUCUGCUCUUGGCACUGCUUUCUUGGUGGUAUGAGGCCCCCAUUCUCUGCGUGCUUCCUUUUCCUUUUAUCUCUUUUAAGAUCAAAGGCGGUGCAGGCCACACUCCAGGGAAACUCCAUUUACAAGGAUCAGGGAUGUGGCCUUAGUUAAGAAUGUUACAAUCCACCCUAAUCCUCUUUAACAUAAAAUUACAAUCACAAAAUGGAGGACAACCACACAAUACUGGGAAUUACGGCCUAGCCAAACUGACGUACCCAUUUUUUGGGGGAAUAUAAUUUAAUCCAUGACAGUCACUGACCAACUCUUACUCAUGCACAGACAGUAAAGCAUGUAGUUGUGUUGCCUCAUUAUUUCCCAGCGAUAAACCUACUUAAUAUUUUACAAAAAGUGGGUCAUCCAAAGAGGAACUGACAACAAAGAUGAAAAUGCAACAAAGAAAUGAAAAGUGAUAAUGCCCCUGUGAAGUUCAAAUUGAACAUAAACAGUUAGAGAAGAAACAGCUGACUGUGAGAAUGUUGACAUUAUAGCCACUUACUAGUUUCCAGACAUACAGCCAGACGAACUUAGUGAAGGAUGAACUUAUCAACAUGAGGAAAUCGGUUGUGACGAAAAAAAAAAAAAGAAGAUAUCCCAAAGGAGGUGACACUUGGGAGAACUUCACUUUAAGGGAACAGAGAUACUUCACAGCAUUGAAAGAGCAGAGGACAAAACGCUGGAAGCUAAUCCAAACUGAGAAAGAGUGUGACAACUCACCAAAGCAUACAAAUAAGUUAUAGAAGAAGGGCAAGUACCGUUCAAACUACUUUUGAUAAGAUUUAAAAGCAAAACAAGAAAACAACACUGUAAUUCUCAGUAUUUCUAAUAUUUUAAAUUACAGUAUUUUUUUUAUUUAAGUACAGAAAGGGACCCUGGUGGCACAGUGGUUAAAGUGCUCAGCUGCUAACUGAAAAAUCAGCAGUUCAAACCGCUAGCUGCUCUGAGGGAGAAAGAUGUGGCAGUCUACUUAAAGAUUUCAGCCUUGGAAACCCCAUGGGGCAGUUCUACUCUGUCCUAUAGGGUCGCUAUGAGUCGGAAUCAACUUGAGUACAGCAGGUUUUUGGUUACAUAAGCGUUGGCUUUGCUAGUUUUUCAUCUACUUAAAAACGUAUAACAAACAGUAAGUUUAUAAUGCUUUGACAAAAAAGUUUUAAAGGUCAUAGAACAAUCAUAAACCUUCCAGCAAUUAUUGCCUUGUACAAUUUCAGAGUGCAGUCAUUUUUAUGGUCUCAUAUUACCAUGGAAAGUGAGAACUGGCUGGAUAAACAGGCAAUUUAUACAGAAAUCUUCCAAAUGACUAUACAUUCGGGCCCUCCUCCUCCCAACAUUUAAAGCAUGUAAUUAUGAUUGAACAUCAAAUUUUGGUUUAUUUUACAUGUUACUAUUAACACGGGAUUGUCUAUUCUCAGCAUGUCAUGUUAUUUUUGAAACAGACUAAUGAAACAGAUGGCCUUCUACUUGGAAAGCAGUGCAGAGAAAAUAAAAUAUAAGACUUGAAAAGCCACUCUUCAGACAAAGGUUAGACUUGAUGAUAAGACAUAAAAUGAUACUGGUGAGGAAUGAGCUUCUUAGCUCAAGUAGACACAUUAGACUAUGCAGGCAGCUCCUGUCUGGAAGUAAGAUGAAAAGGCAAGAGGGAGACAGGAGCUGGUUGAAUGGACACGAGGAAUACAGGGUAGAGAGAAGGAAUGUGCUGUCUCAUUACAGGGAGAGCAACUAGGGUCACAUAAUAAUAUGUGUGUAAGUUUUUGUAUAAGAAGCUGACUUGAAUUGUAAACCUUCACUUAAAGCACAACAAAAAAUUAAAAAAAAAAAAAAAGAGUUGAAAAGCCAAGAGAGGGGUGUGCUGGAAGAACAAAGAAAAGGAAAAAAAAAGCCCAGGUAGGUAUGAUCUUGCUUUAGUGCUUCUUUCCUCCCAAAAAUGUUUUAUGAAAUGGGAAAAAACGUUAAAUAUUUUAUAAUUACUUAGGAUUAUACACAAAAACAAAGUAUGUUUCCUAAGUACCCUGCUUGUUUGGAUUAAAUUUCCUUGCCAUAAGUGGUUAAUAAAUAUAGGUUAUAAGUGAAUCCCAUUGCAAAGAAUUCUAUUGUAUCAACAAGGUUUUCUAAAGAAAGACAAAAUCUUUCACAAAGAAAUUCAAAUAAUACACUAGAUAGUGAAGGUAGUAACUUUUCCUCCCUAUUAUACAUAGUCAUUUCCCUCUACAUAAUUACAUACUGACAAGCUUUCAUGAAAAUAAAAAUUACUAAAAGUCAUAAAUACAAUGCUUAUCCAAAAUUAUGACAUUUCAACAUAAGAUAAUCAUGCCUGCUCAUUUGUAUAAAUCAUAAUCAAAGUUAAAAUGCGACAGGUUUCAUAAGGAAAUAUUUCAAUCAUAGCAUCAACUCAAACCAAAAAAACCAAACCCGUUGCCAUUGGUUCCGACUCAGUGACUCUACAGGACAGAGUAGAACUGCCACAUGGGGUUUCUAAGGCUGUAAAUCUUUACAGAAACAGACUGCCACAUCUUUCUCCCGCAGAGUGGCUGGUGGGUUUGAACCACCAACCUUUGGUUAGCAGCCGAGCACUUAACCACUGUACCAUAAGGACUCCUAUAGCAUCAACAUAACCUUUAAAUCAUCUUUUUGUACUGAAGGAAAAACACGUUUCAUCAUCCUAUCUUGUAUCCAAAUUAAGUGCCUCCUUGCUUAGACAAAGAGAGAGGAAUAAGAGAGAAUGAGAACUGAAGCAGGUAUUUGUGUAUUACAUUUACAACCAGAAAAACAAACAUACAUUUUAGCAAAAGUUAAAACAUCCAAUUCCUUAAUUUUAUGAACUGGCUAAAUGUCCUGCUUAAGAUCGCACAGAUAGAAACCAAGUCUUUUGAUACCCCUAUCUCUUCAUGAUACAGUAACACCAACUGCUAGAAACAAGGCUAGUUAAUGUUUGAGUAUAAAUACCCGCUGGCAUAAAGCUGCAAGUCUAUGGAGUCAGGAAUAGUUAUGAGAAAACACCAUAAGGCAUAUCUUCUAUUCCUGUGUGACUUGCAUAAAAUGUUACUUCACUUGGUCUGAGAACUAUGGCUUUACUUUCUCUCCUUACUGAUGAUUUUAACUGACACGGUUCAAUGACGGGACUAAUGAAAAUACACGCUAAGAAAUAAAUUCCAGUUUAAUGAGAAACACAAUAUUGAGCACACAGUAUGAUCUCAUUUGUGUUCAAUAUUAUAUUUUUUAUAGGUGAAGGGAGAGAGGGCUGGAAACUAUUAAAAAGGGUAUGGGAGAAAAGAAAACUUAUGCUCGAAAAAAUCUUUAUUAAGCCUAAGACAUAAUAAGUAUUAUAGGGAGAACCCAACUACAUUUCACUAGAGAUAAAAAUACGAAAUUAACAAUAACAAAAGAAUGAGCCUAUCACUGAAGAUACAUUAAAACAGAAAAGCUAUGAGAAACCCAUUAUGAAAUUUUAAAAGGUAAUAUUCCCAACAAUUUGACUAAGUGAUUUGGGGACUGUGACAGCAGUGACAUCUGCAGAGUCCUUCUACCCUACUGCACUAAAACAUACUCAAUAUGUUCAAUACCUUUAAGACUGAGUAAGUCCAUUGAGUUGUAUGAGCUUUCAGAGCCUAAAAUAUGUUGAGGAUCACUUUAAGAGCUUCUGAUGCCUUCUAAAUCCAGAGGGUUAUAUUACCUAGCAUCUUAGCAAGCAAGGAUGCCUUGAAAGGUAUGAUCUCCAAUAAUUAACAAAUCUUUGAUUUAUAAAUAAGUUUAUUUAUACUGAUAUUUACAUAAUAAAAACAAAACACGUAAAACUC